GGCUCGGAGGAGGAGGAGCAGCGGGACGGCGGGUCGCUCUUCCUGGUGAACAAGAGCGGCUUCCCCAUGGACGGGCAGACCUGGGAGCGGAUGUGGGGGCACGUGGAGCGGGUGCACCCCGACGGCGGCGCCGUGGCGGCGGCCAUCCGGAGCGCCGCCCGCCUGGCUCGGCCCUCAGUGCCACCAGUGCCAAACUACAAGCUCUCCAUGUCGAUCCCAGAAUGGCUCCAGGCAAUACAGACCUACAUGAAGAUGCUGCAAUACAAUCACACGGGAACACAGUUCUUCGAGAUUAGAAAAACCAGACCUCUAAGUGGGUUAAUGGAGACAGCAAAAGAAAUGACCAGGGAGUCCUUACCUAUCAAAUGCCUUGAAGCAGUUAUCCUGGGGAUAUACUUAACGAAUGGGCAGCCCUCUGUAGAACGAUUCCCCAUCAGCUUUAAAACCCACUUCUCAGGGAACUAUUUUCAUCAUGUGGUGCUCGGAAUUUACUGCAACGGCCGGUACGGCUCACUGGGCAUGAGCAGACGAUCAGAUCUGAUGGACAAACCUCUAACUUACCGAACUCUGAGUGACCUCAUCUUUGAAUUUGAAGACUCCUAUAAAAAGUACUUGCAUUCAGUCAAAAAAGUAAAAAUCGGAUUAUAUGUCCCACACGAGCCACACAGCUUUCAGCCCAUCGAGUGGAAACAGCUGGUCCUCAAUGUAUCCAAAAUGAUGCGCACAGAAGUCAGGAAGGAGCUGGAGAAGUUUGCCAGGGAUAUGAGAAUGAAGAUUCUGAAACCUUCAAGUGCCCAUUCUCCCAUGAAAGAGCGAUCACGGGGUAAAUCGUUGUCCCCUCGCCGAAGGCAAGUCAGCCCUCAGAGACGGGCAUGCAGAAGAGACAAAUCGCCUGCGGUGGUGGACAAGAAAGGAGACCUGGCUACGCUCAAUGAGGUAGGCUACCAGCUCCGCAUCUAACAAAGCCAUACACUGGACAGAGGGCUUCCUGGUGCUUCCCGCUGCACUUUACCUGCACUCCGUUGGAAGGAAAAAGGAAUGGGACUAUUUAUUAACUUGUGGACUCUUACAAUUAAAGUUUUACCUAGAAAAUAGAACAGGGCAAAUUCUUUUUUGGUGGCAGUAUUUAUUUUAUUUCAAAUUACAGAAAAGGCAUCAGUGAAGAGAACCU